UUUAUAUUUCACUAGGUUGUGUUUGAAAACGCGACUAUUUUUAGUCGUUGAAAAUAAACUGGUUCCAUAGGAACUAGUUCACUUACAAUAUGUUUACAUUUUGUGUAGAAAGCCGACAGCUUCAUCACAAUGGAAACUGUCAAUGCUACCUACUCGUACCUAACGAACAUGGAGGUGAUGCAGGUGCUCCAGAAAAUCAAAAGCACCAAAAAGAAGUUUGGAAUGCGUAACCUGGCCACAGUAACCUAUGAGGCCUUGCAAUAUCUGGAAGAGUCGCCCUGCAAGACUCAGACACGUGAGUCCAUCACAAACUACGUAAAAGACCUAGCCAGUUAUCGCCUGAAGUCCCACGAAGUACUCCAAAUGGUGAACGAUCCGCCAACCAGUCCGCUGCACACGCAAUUGCUGAUUGAUGACAACAAAGCUCCGUUGACGGACGAGGAGAAUGAGAAAAUCAUCCAACUGACAUACAAGCACUUUUACGGAGUGGAAACAACGCCGCAGCUGCCACAGCAAUCCCAAACCCAAACCCAGUCUUCUUCCAAAGAAAAAAAAACAGAGCAAAAGCAACCGGCGUCAGCACCGGCAGAUGGGCAAACCGAGCAGCAGCAGGAACAGCAGAAGAAGUAGCAUUUAAGUAAUUUAACGUUUUAUAUUUUAUUGUAGCGUAUAAAAGAAGACAAAAAUA